AUGUCCCAUUACGCUGGGUACAUGGAAGAUGAAUACGAAAUGGAAGAUGUAGAUGAUGAUAUGGAUGACGAGUUUCGUGGUAGAGAAAUGGGCGGCUCAGAUUCUGAUGUUGAUGAAUAUGACUACUUGAAUAGCAAAGCAGCUGAUACAACUGCUGCUCAAGCAAGAAAAGGAAAAGACAUCCAAGGUAUUCCUUGGGAUAGACUUAGCAUUACUAGAGAAAAAUACCGCCAAACUAGGUUAGAACAAUACAAGAAUUAUGAAAACAUUCCUAAUUCUGGAGAAGGGUCAGGGAAGGAUGGCAAAGAUACAAAGAAAGGAUCUUUAUAUUAUGAGUUCAGAAGAAAUGCUAGAUCAGUGAAAUCAACCAUUCUUCAUUUCCAGUUGCGUAACUUGGUCUGGGCUACUUCCAAGCAUGAUGUGUACCUUAUGUCACAUUUUUCUGUCAUUCAUUGGUCUUCAUUAAGUUGCACAAAGUCUGAGGUUCUCAAUGUUUCAGGGCAUGUGGCACCAUCAGAGAAACAUCCUGGAAGUCUCUUGGAGGGAUUUUCGCAGACUCAAGUUAGUACUCUUGCGGUAAAAGAUAAGUUGCUAGUUGCUGGAGGAUUCCAGGGGGAACUUAUUUGCAAGCAUCUGGAUCGGCCUGGAGUUAGCUUUUGUUCAAGGACAACUUAUGAUGAUAAUGCCAUCACAAAUGCUGUUGAGAUUUAUGACAGUCCCAGUGGGGCAGUUCACUUUACAGCCUCAAAUAAUGAUUGUGGAGUGAGAGACUUUGACAUGGAGAAAUUUCAGCUUACUAAGCAUUUCCGUUUUCCUUGGCCAGUGAAUCAUACUUCUCUGAGUCCCGAUGGUAAACUUCUUGUAAUCGUUGGAGACAAUCCGGAUGGAAUGUUGGUAAACUCUCAAACUGGAAAGACAGUAAUGCCUUUAUCUGGGCACUUGGAUUUCUCGUUUGCGUCAGCGUGGCAUCCUGAUGGUAUCACCUUUGCUACUGGGAACCAAGACAAAACCUGUCGGAUUUGGGAUGUUCGAAACCUAUCCAAGUCAGUUGCUGUUUUGAAGGGCAACCUUGGUGCUAUUCGGUCAAUCCGUUUUACUUCUGAUGGCCGGUAUAUGAUGAUGGCAGAGCCAGCAGAUUUUGUUCAUGUCUAUGAUGUGAAAAGUGGGUACGAGAAGGAACAGGAAAUUGAUUUCUUUGGCGAGAUAUCUGGCAUAUCAUUCAGCCCAGACACAGAGUCACUUUUUAUCGGAGUAUGGGAUCGUACGUAUGGUAGUCUUCUAGAGUAUGGCCGAUACCGGCAUUACUCUUACCUCGAUUCUCUUGUUUGA